CCUUUCCAAACAACAGCAGCAUAGCCCGCGGCAGAAGUUUUGUACUGUCAUCUGCCAGUGACCAGGAUGACCUUAUACCUCUUGAGGGUGAUGUUGAAUAUGACUUGGAAGCUGGAUCAGGAGCCAGCAGUCAGGCUGGAUCAACCCUACGUGAGCAGCGAAAGGUGUCAGUUCAAACAGCAAGGUACCUCACUAGCCCAUGGCUGACACGUUUUGUUCCUUCAGUUUACACCGUAGUGCUUGUGCUGAGUCUCCCUUUGAACAUCACAGCGAUCCUGGUGUUCCUGAAGAAAAUGAAGAUCGAAAAGCCAGCUGUGAUAUACAUGCUGAACUUGGCCCUUGCAGAUGUCCUCUUUGUCAGCGUGCUCCCUUUUAAGAUUGCUUAUCACUUCCUUGGGAACGACUGGGUUUUCGGACCUCAGAUGUGCCGUUUCAUCACUGCUGCCUUCUACUGCAACAUGUACUGUUCAAUAAUGCUGAUGACCAGCAUCAGCUUUGAUCGCUUCUUGGCAGUGGUGUACCCCAUGCAGUCUCUGGGGUGGCGCACAUUGACGCGUGCCUCACUGAUCUGCGUCGUCAUAUGGCUUGUAGCCAUAACUGGGGUUAUUCCCUUUCUGAUCAGGGAGCAAACGGUGGAAAUACCCAAGUUAAAUAUAACUACUUGCCACGAUGUGCUAGAAGAGUCUGAGCUUCACAGCUUUUACGUCCACUUCUUCUCCAUCUUCUCGUCUGUGUUUUUCAUUGUGCCGUUUAUCAUUUCUGCCGUCUGCUACGUGUGUAUCAUUCGCUGCCUCAGUUCUUCCACCCUUGUUGCAAAGCAAAACAAGAAAACACGUGCCUUGAUCUUGUGUGUGGCUGUUUUUUCUGUGUUUGUUAUUUGCUUUGGACCAACAAAUAUCCUCCUGUUAAUUCAUUAUGUCCAUUUUUCUUUUGACAACAGCUUAGAGUAUCUCUACUUUGCCUAUCUGCUCUGUGUUUGUGUCAGCAGCAUCAGCUGCUGCAUUGACCCCUUCAUUUACUACUAUGCUUCCUCUCAGUAUCAGAGGCAAUUUUUCAGUCUCUUCAAUUGCAAAAAGACUUUUGAUCCUAACAAUAGUAACAGCAGUGGCCAGUUGAUGUCAACCACUAGUCGAAGGGCUACGUUGACAACUAACGUGAACAACAGUGUCUACAGGAAAUUACUUGCAAUGCAUUGA